GCCGGCGACGGCCACAUGCCGACCGCCUCCUGCCCGCGCCCGCCCCUCCGCGGCUCCGGAGCCGCGGGGCGCCUCAGGUUCCCGCCGCCGCCGCCCCCGGCGCAGCUGUACCCGGCGGGGCUGGCGAUCGGGGGCUGGCGCAGGAGGCUCGCCGGCGUCGGCGUGGCGGCCGCCUCCGCCUCGCCCUUCGACGAGCUCUACGCGCGGGGGAGGCCCAUCCACGGACCCUCCAAGAAAUCUAUCCUGUGGAAUUUGAUCCAAGAUAUCGAGCCUUUGGAUCUAAGUGUCAUUCAGAAAGAUGUUCCUCCUGAAACGGUUGAUGCAAUGAAGAGGACCAUCUCUGGCAUGUUGGGUCUGCUUCCAUCUGAUCAGUUCCGUGUUGUUGUAGAAGCCCUUUGGAGUCCGUUCUUCAAGUUAUUGGUAUCCUCUAUCAUGACUGGGUAUACUCUACGUAAUGCGGAAUACAGGCUAUCUUUUGAAAGGAACCUUGAACUUUCUGAAGAAGAUGCUGAAUUUCAGAACAGAGAUAUCAGUGAGUACAGUCAUCAUGACAUCAAUCUGGGUAGUCCUGUUACAAUUUUCAGAUUAUCAGAAGACGACAUGCCCCAGGACUCUGGAAAAAGUGACGAAGAAUCAUCAGGUGGAAGUAUUGAAGAAGAGCUAGGUAACUUGACACCUGAAGCGGAAGAGCAGAUUAUUCGAUUGCAAUCUCGGCUGGAUGCGAUCAAAAAGGAGUUACAUGACCUGAAGAGAAAAAAUUCUGCCCUACAAAUGCAACAGUUUGUUGGAGAAGAGAAAAAUGAUCUGUUGGACUAUCUAAGAUCCCUAACACCAGAGAAGGUUGCUGAACUUUCGGAGUCCACUUGUCCUGGUGUGCAAGAGUCUAUUCAGUCUGUUGUGCAUGGUCUGCUUGCUACUCUUUCCCCUAAGAUACACUCAAAGUCCCCUCCGCCACUAGAGAAUGCUGCUGGGGGCACCCUAAAUCGCGGUGGCGAGGACGAUGAUUUUGCUGAGCUCGUGGAGAAUGCUUCCCUCCCGUUUCAGCCCCUAAUAUCUGUUCCCCGUGAUUAUCUUGCACGUCUGCUAUUCUGGUGCAUGUUGCUUGGUCACUACAUCCGAGGUCUGGAGUACCGGUUAGAGCUGGCACACCUUCUCAGAAUAUCUAGUGAUGUGGGGUCUUUCUCCAUUGACGACGAUCAUUUUGAUUUUAUUUGAGAAAGUUUUGCUGGUCUGUUCGGAUUCUUCACAGAAGAGAAUGAAAAUGCUUUGGCAAUCUGGCCGAGAUGAGUCAGAGGUGGCUGUUUGGCUGCAUUCAUCGUCAAGAAAGGUGUUAAAGCAGCAAAGUUCUGGCCCAAAGUUCCUGUUGUAGUUCUUGUAAAGUCAGAAAACAGAUGUUCGAUUGUAAAGCUAGUGUUACAUAUCGAUGUGAACAGUUGGAUUUACUGUCUUCCUUUUAUUUGUUGUGUGAUGUAAAGAUGAACAUAUUCUUGCUGCAAGUCUUGUGGUAGCAUUAUAGAUAGGCUCAUAGGCAUCCUUUGUUGUUGUACUUAUAGUUUGUAUGUAUUUGGCUAAUAUUUACCAGAUUAAUGAUGUUAUAUUGUUGAGUCUUA